AUGACACUCAACGGUUUCGAAAACGAAACCGUUGUUGGUUCAAAUAUUCCAGUCGAUGUAAUUCGUCGCCGUAAAGAACAACUAAAAAGAGAAAUUCAAGUAUGUUAGAUAUAAGUUUAGACAAAAAGAAGAUGUUCAUUCGCGUCUCCUUGAAAUGAUACUUUUCUUUAUGAUAUUGAGUUGAUAUUUUGGAUACAUGCAUACGAUAAUAAAUUUUGAUCGUAAGCAACAAUCCAAGCUUCACCAGUUCACAUGCAAGACAAUUAUGAUUUAAACAUUUAGCGGAAUACUACACUUUUUCAUUUUGUUAUUCGAGCAGUUAUUACUGUAUCACUCUAGUGCUAAAGACAGUCUUAUAUGUAUCUUAUGACUUACGUCUUUUUGAUAUGAGAUUGUAAGAGUUUCCUGGUUGUCUAUAUGAUUAUACCUAUAUAUUUAAGUUCUUCUCUUUUCCUCGUAUUAUUAGUCAUACGUUAUGAAUUUUCCUUUCCUUUUGAUCGUCUUCCUUUCCUUUUUAGGAUCUAUGCAGCUUUUACCGUAUGGUUUUCCCCAUCUGUCAUCAUCCUAUAUAUAUAGUCGUUACAUUUUUGUAAAGAGAUUUG